AUGAAGCCAGCUAAAGCAAAAGUGUCGAAAAAUGACCCGCUUCCAACGCCUAUAAGGAAAAAAACAUUUACAGGCUGCUGGACUUGUCGAAAUAGAAAAGUUAAAUGCGAUUUAGGAAAACCAGAAUGCAACCAGUGUCUUAAAAGAAAAAUACCUUGUGAAGGCUACGACAUUAAGCUGAGAUGGUCUACAAGAGGUGAUAAAGAUGAUUCAGAAGAAUAUUUUCAACGAAGAAAUAUUGACUUUGUUGUAUAUCCGCCUGGCAUGACUUUUGAAACCUAUGAAGAUAUGGAUGUAACACUUGCAAAACUUCACUCUCCUUCGUUUAAUGCAAACGAAACAAAAGUCCUAGGUCCUUUUGGAGUUUUUCAAGGCUUAAAAAUAGUUCCCAAAAAAUCUCGAAUAAGUAAACGCAAAAGAAAAGACGGAACCUGUAAGGAUUCAAAAGCUUCAUCGUCCCCUUGCCUUACGCCUUCAAACUCAAGCUUAUAUCCUACUCGAAAAUCAACACCUGAAAUCUCUCUUAUAGAUCUUACCAAAACUCCUGAAAAUAUGGGGCCUAACACCGUUUUAAACAGCCUUGAAUCGACCAAUAAUACUUUGUCUGCUUCAUCUGUUUCCGAUACAUUACCUCCUUUUCCUAACUUGCUUCCCUCGGUUAUUGAAAAUGCUCUUCAGCUAAAUUCAAAUCCUGAAAAAUUAUCUUCUCAACAAUCAGAAAUUCUCAGUACAAUAGACAAUAGUCUAUUUGAUAACUUUGGAGCUAAUAACGACAAUAAUAAAACUAGUAUGCCCGUGAAUAGCAACAUUUCUCCGGGAAAUAUUUCUUCCGAUCAAAAUAAAAUUUGCUCGAGUCAAAAAACCGCUAAUGUUAUUGAAUUUGAAUCGUUUCCCAAAGAUCAGUCAAAUAGUGUCACUAGUAGCAGCAAAGAUUUGAAUAGUAAUAACAAUAAAGCUCAAAACUUAAACAGUAACACUUAUAUUAUUAAUAACGCCGAUAGUAUGAGAAAUACACUACAAAAUUCUUCUUUCGAUACGUUACUUUCUCAAUUUCACCCAGCUAAUCUACAAUCGUCUUCAUUAGUUCACAACAAAUCGUCAGAUACCAAUAAUCUUUUUAAUAAUAACUUACUGACUGAUUCUCAUAAUAAUAUUAUUACAAAUAACAUUAUCACAAAUAGCAUACAACAAGAUCCAAGCCUUUCUCUAUCUUCUCUAAAUGAUUUAGGAAUAACAUCUUCUUUAAGUAGUGGAUUGGAUAAUUUCAAUACUUCUUUUAAUGAUAGCCAUGUCCAUAGCUCAAACAGAAGCAUUAACUCUAUUAACGAUGUCAAUCAACAUGUUAAUUAUCAACAUGAGAACCUUGAUGCGUCUGGUAAAAUAUACAUUUCGGGUAAUACUUCAAUAACAAAUAUCGAUUCCAAUAAUUAUAUCAACUCGACAUCUCUAAGAAAUACUAGCAACUUGUCAAAUCUCUCUCAAUCUGAAAAGCACCUUUCUUCGGAUAAUAAUUCUUACGAAAGUGAUGGGGACAAUGAUUUAAGUCCUGUGAUGAUUUCCACAAAUUCUUUAAUAAACAAGUAUCUUAGUUCAGAUAUGAAUUAUGGUCUUCCAACCAACACUAUUUAUUUUUCUCCUGAAGCAAGACAACUUCUUCAUCAUUAUAUUCAUCAAGUUUCUCGUCUAAUGACUGUCGUCACUCAUGAUUCUACCCCAUGGAAAACCAUUUAUCUUCCUCGUGCUAUCAACGCAAUUGGUUGUUUAACUGCGUUAGGAGUGGCAUCUCCUGCCAGAAGUACAAUUCUUCAUGCAUUACUUGCUGUUAGUUCUUAUCAUUUAGCCAGUAAAUAUCCUGAGCAUUCUGAUAAUCGAAAACAUUUCACCAUGUUUGGAAGCCGCUUAAAGAUGUAUGCAUUAAAAUAUUUGAAGCAAUGUCCAUCUCGCCCCAGUGUUGAAAGUCUUCAUAAAGACAUUACUACUGCGGUUUUAUCUAUGGUCACGAUAGAUGUGGUAUCUGGUGAAAUGGAAUCUUGUUCCCAGCAUUUAAAUUCGUGCAAGGAACUUAUCAUGUCUCAAGUGAAGAAUUCCCAGAUGGCUGAAUCUAAAGAGACCCAAAUUUUGCACAGAAUUUAUGCUUUUCUCAACCUUUUGCAAGAUUCUACUAACAUCACCACUGAUCGUUUAGAUUCUUCAGUUUUGGAUGAUUCAGAAUGGGACUAUAUUCGCGAAAUGAAAGAUCUUGGUUUAGAAUCACCUUUGGAUGGAACACCCAUGGUGAGCCCCUCCACUAUUACGUCUGGUUCACCGGACGUUAACAAUCCAAGCGAUAGCGACAAAAGUCGUGUCACUAAUUCUGAUAGCCCUAAAACAUCGAUACCUGUUAUUAGCCCUGCAACUGCGAGCUCUAUUUUUGGGGAAUUUGAAUUUUUUGGAAAUGAAUGUGCUGAUGUCGCAUGGCUUUGGGAGAAUAAUGCUGCUUCUCCUUCUGCUUCUACGAUGUUAAAUUCAACCCUUUCGACAAGCAAUAGUACCAAUAAAAUAUUUCUUUCAGCAUCUCAGCCCGUGAAAAACUACUACGAUGCAGAGAUUGUUUCGACGUAUGCCAUGUAUGGUAUUCCGGAUUCUUUAACUAUUCUAUUUAAUAGAGUUGUACGCCUUGCACGACAGAGAUGCUAUAUUAAUGCUGUUGGUGAUGCACCUCCUAAACUUUUAAAGGCUUUCAAUAGUAAAUGUGCCAGAAUGGAUGAAUUAUUACUUGAAUGGCUAACUAGAUUCCAAGAAGAUCAAAUACCUCCUGAGUUUACUGCUGACAGUAAAAUGGCAUUUUAUUUGCAUACAAUCGCGUUUUAUCAUUCAGUCUGGAUUUAUCAUUGCACUAUUGUUAAAGAUGUUCCAUCAGAAACUCUUCAAGAUAAAGUUAAGUUUGUUUUGAGAUAUUUGCAAAACAUGCUUCAAUUAAAUCGGGAUAGGCCAUCUCCUGUCAUUGUACCAUUAUUGUUUCCUGCUUUUAUUGCAGCAUGCGAAACUGUUGACAACAGUCUUGCACAAGAAUUUGAAAUAUGGUUUAACCAAAUGACUAUAGACGGUCUUGGAACAUAUCAUCAAGCCAGAAAAGUUGUCAACGAAGUAUGGAAGAGACGUCGCAUGGGACUUCCUAAGCAUAGAUGGUAUGAAGUUAUGCAAGAGUGGAAUAUUAACCUUUUACUCAGUUAA